AUGACAACCCCAGUCUGGCUUAUUACAGGGAGCUCCAAUGGCUUCGGACUACUCCUCAGCUUGAGAGCUUUGAAGGCUGGCCACAAAGUCAUCGCAACCGUACGAGAUACGACCAGGUCGUCCGAUGCCAUCGGUCGGAUCGAAGGUGCUGGCGGAAACAUCAUCACUCUCGACAUGACAGAAUCCAAGGCAAGUAUCACCAAGAAGAUCCAGGAUGCAGAGAAGGCAUAUGGACGCAUCGAUUAUCUAGUCAACAACGCUGGAUACUCCUGCUUAGGGGCAGUCGAGCUGUUCACAGAAGCCGAGGCUGAACAUCAGAUACAAACCAACCUAUUCGGUCCACUUUAUGCACUUCAAGCUGCUAUUCCCGGUAUGAGAGCUCGCGGCUCAGGUACCAUCAUCAACUUCAGCAGUAUCACUGGGCAGGAUGCUCAGCCAAGUUGUGGUCUCUACAGUGCCAGCAAGUUUGCUCUCGAGGGCUUGACCGAGAGUCUAUCUAAGGAAGUCAAGGAGUUUGGCAUCAAUGUUCUUAUUGUCGAACCUGGAGCAUUCCGUACCAACUUCCUUGAUGCUAGCAUUAAGAGCGAUGUCUCGGUCGAAAAGGCAUAUGAGGGUACAUUACUUGGGGAAACCUUGAAGAAGUUCGCGAAUUCGGCGGGAAAGCAGCGUGGUGAUCCCAACAAAGCGGUGGAUAUCAUCUACGAAGUUGCUACCGGAGAAGGAGAAGCGGGUGCUCUUAAGGGAAAGAUAUUGAGACUGCCGCUAGGUGAAGACUGCUUUACACGUCUUGGAACCAAGCUUCAGUCCCUUCAUCAUGAUGUCGAUGCAACCCACAAAAUUGGCACGACGACUGAUUUAGAGAAUUAG